GGCCGGUCUCGCGAGGUUUUGGCGGUGGCGCCGCCUGGAGCAGCGCCGGGGCGAGCGGAGGCCGGAGCCGGGCCUGGGCCCUGCCGGGAGCGGAGCCGCCGGGGGAGCAGCCCGCAGGCCGGUAUUUCUCAGGAGGAAAUUCCAUCCCCUUAGAACCUAGGAGCCCCGCGAAGAUGUCGGAUAGCGAAGACAGCAACUUCUCCGAGGACGAGAGUGAGCGGAGCAGCGAGGCGGAGGAGGUAGAGAACGAGGCAGAGGAGGAGCGUGCCAGCGUCGCGGGCAGCGAGAAGGAGGAGGCUGAGGAGGAGGAAGAGGAGGAGGAAGAAGACUACGAUGAAGAGGAAGAGGAGGACGAUGAUGAUCGGCCGCCAAAGAAGCCCAGACAUGGAGGGUUCAUCUUGGAUGAAGCCGAUGUGGACGAUGAAUACGAAGACGAGGACCAGUGGGAGGACGGCGCGGAGGACAUUCUGGAGAAAGAAGAAAUUGAAGCCUCCAACAUUGAUAAUGUGGUUCUGGACGAGGAUCGCUCUGGGGCCCGGAGGCUGCAGAACCUUUGGAGGGACCAGCGCGAAGAGGAGCUGGGCGAAUAUUACAUGAAGAAAUACGCCAAGUCCUCCGUGGGAGAAACGGUGUACGGCGGCUCUGACGAGCUUUCGGAUGACAUCACGCAGCAGCAGUUACUGCCCGGUGUCAAGGAUCCCAACCUCUGGACUGUGAAGUGUAAGAUAGGAGAGGAACGUGCCACAGCCAUAGCCCUGAUGAGGAAGUUCAUCGCCUACCAGUUCACAGACACGCCCCUGCAGAUCAAGUCUGUGGUGGCCCCCGAGCAUGUGAAGGGCUACAUCUACGUGGAAGCCUACAAGCAGACCCACGUGAAGCAGGCCAUUGAGGGCGUGGGCAACCUGCGGAUGGGCUACUGGAACCAGCAGAUGGUGCCCAUCAAGGAGAUGACAGACGUGCUGAAGGUGGUGAAGGAGGUGACCAACCUGAAGCCCAAGUCCUGGGUCCGGCUCAAGAGAGGCAUUUACAAGGACGACAUUGCUCAGGUGGAUUACGUUGAGCCGAGCCAGAACCAGAUCUCUCUGAAGAUGAUCCCGCGGAUCGAUUUUGACCGGAUCAAAGCUCGCAUGAGCCUGAAGGACUGGUUCGCCAAGCGGAAGAAGUUCAAGAGGCCCCCCCAGCGGCUGUUUGAUGCUGAAAAGAUCCGGUCCUUGGGGGGAGAUGUUGCUUCCGAUGGCGAUUUCCUCAUCUUCGAAGGCAAUCGUUAUAGUCGCAAGGGCUUCCUCUUCAAGAGCUUUGCCAUGUCGGCUGUGAUCACGGAGGGGGUGAAGCCCACCCUGUCUGAGUUGGAGAAGUUUGAGGACCAGCCGGAAGGCAUCGAUCUGGAGGUGGUUACCGAAAGCACAGGGAAGGAACGGGAACACAACUUCCAGCCUGGCGACAACGUGGAGGUGUGUGAGGGGGAGCUAAUCAACCUGCAGGGCAAGAUCCUGAGCGUGGAUGGCAACAAGAUCACCAUCAUGCCGAAGCACGAGGAUCUCAAGGACAUGCUGGAGUUCCCGGCUCAGGAGCUGCGCAAGUACUUCAAGAUGGGAGACCACGUCAAGGUGAUCGCCGGGCGCUUCGAGGGCGACACGGGGCUGAUCGUGCGGGUGGAGGAGAACUUCGUCAUCCUCUUCUCGGACCUCACCAUGCACGAGCUCAAGGUGCUGCCUCGGGACCUGCAGCUCUGCUCCGAGACGGCCUCCGGUGUGGACGUGGGCGGGCAGCACGAGUGGGGUGAGCUGGUUCAGCUGGAUCCCCAGACCGUCGGGGUUAUCGUCCGCCUGGAGCGGGAGACCUUCCAGGUCCUGAACAUGUACGGCAAAGUGGUGACGGUCAGGCAUCAGGCUGUGACGCGGAAGAAGGACAAUCGCUUUGCCGUGGCCCUGGACUCGGAGCAGAACAAUAUCCACGUCAAGGACAUCGUUAAAGUCAUCGACGGGCCGCACUCGGGUCGCGAGGGGGAGAUCAGACACCUCUUCCGCGGCUUUGGAUUCCUGCACUGCAAGAAGCUGGUGGAGAACGGGGGCAUGUUCGUGUGUAAGACUCGCCACUUGGUGCUGGCUGGGGGCUCGAAGCCCCGGGACGUCACCAACUUCACCGUCGGAGGCUUUGCCCCCAUGAGUCCUCGGAUCAGCAGCCCCAUGCACCCCAGCGCGGCAGGUCAGCGAGGUGGCUUCGGGGGCGGGAUGAGCCGAGGCCGCGGGCGCAGGGACAACGACCUGAUUGGGCAGACGGUCCGGAUCUCCCAGGGACCCUACAAAGGCUACAUCGGCGUGGUGAAGGAUGCCACGGAGUCCACGGCCCGCGUGGAACUCCAUUCCACCUGCCAGACCAUCUCAGUGGAUCGCCAGCGCCUCACGACCGUGGGUUCGAGGAGACCUGGCGGCAUGACCUCCGCCUACGGCCGCACCCCCAUGUACGGCUCGCAGACCCCCAUGUACGGCUCCGGCUCCCGCACCCCCAUGUACGGAUCGCAGACCCCGCUGCACGACGGCAGCAGGACCCCGCACUACGGCUCCCAGACGCCGCUGCACGACGGGAGCCGGACGCCUGCGCAGAGCGGGGCUUGGGACCCCAACAACCCCAAUACGCCCUCCAGGGCGGAUGAGGAGUUCGAAUACGGCUUCGAUGAUGAGCCCACGCCCUCUCCGCAAGGCUACGGGGGGACCCCCAACCCCCAGACUCCCGGCUACCCCGACCCGUCGUCUCCGCAGGUCAAUCCGCCGUACAAUCCGCAGACGCCGGGCACCCCAGCCAUGUACAACACCGAUCAGUUUUCUCCGUACGCUGUUCCGUCUCCUCAGGGCUCCUAUCAGCCAAGCCCCAGCCCUCAGAGUUACCACCAGGUGGCGCCUAGCCCCGUCGGCUACCAGAACACCCACUCGCCAGCCAGUUACCACCCGACCCCGUCGCCCAUGGCGUAUCAGGCCAGCCCCAGUCCUAGCCCCGUGGGCUACAGCCCCAUGACGCCGGGGGCUCCUUCUCCAGGGGGUUACAACCCUCACACCCCCGGCUCCGGCAUCGAGCAGAACUCCAGCGACUGGGUCACCACCGACAUCCAGGUCAAAGUUCGAGACACUUAUGUGGACAGCCAGGUGGUGGGGCAGACGGGAGUCAUCCGCAGCGUGACGGGCGGAAUGUGUUCAGUCUACCUGAAGGACAGCGAGAAGGUGGUCAGCAUUUCGAGUGAGCACCUGGAGCCCGUCAUACCGACCAAAAACAAUAAGGUGAAGGUGAUCCUGGGGGAGGACCGGGAGGCGACGGGCGUCCUCUUGAGCAUCGACGGAGAGGAUGGCAUCGUUCGCAUGGACUUGGAGGAGCAGCUCAAGAUCCUCAACUUGCGGUUCCUGGGCAAGCUGCUGGAGCCUUAGGGCCGGGGCCUUUUUAGCAGUUGACCAGAGACUGGUUCAACGUGUCCUUGUACAGAGUUCGGGGGGUGGGAGGGGGGGUUGCUGCUUUUUUUUUUCCCUCCAGAACAGCUGGUGGUUGUUUGGGGAGUUUUGUUUUUAUUUGUAAUGCUGCCGUUAUGUCUCAUGAGUAAAUUGGGACUGGAGUAGGAAAAACUGUGUGCGCGCACGUGUGGGGAGGGCAGGGGUAGGUCCCGUAGCACUAAACGCGCUUCAUCUCCUUCCUCUUGAAAAAGGAAACCACUUGCUGUGCCUGCGUUUCAAUAAAAUCCAUCUGUCCCGUG